AUGUCCGCCCGUAUGUAUUCCGCCCAGAUCAAGCGCUACUCCCCCUCCCAGGACGCUCUGGGAGAGGCGGCGGCUUCGGAGGUACUUCUCGAGAUCUUCAAGUCAAUCCUGCGCGAGUUCGGCCUCCGCCCAUCGGACCUCGCCUCGGGUACUACGGACAGUGGGUCGGACGUCAAGUCCGCGAGCGUCAACGGCCUCUACCCGCAGUACGGGGUUCUGUGGAAUUGGUGUUUUUGCCACCUGAUGGUCAAGGCCGCCGAGGACGGCUUCGGAACCCACGUCGACCCCCAGAAGUCCAAGAACCCGGAAGCGCGCGACAUGCUCAAGAACGUCAUCAGUAUGGUCGGGACCCUCAACAGAUCUUCCAACUUCAAGGCUAAGUUCGAAGACCUUCAGGUGGACCUGUUGGGCGAUGUCCUCAAGAUCCCCAACCAAGCUCCUCAACGGUGGCUCACCCAGGUUCGCACACUGGAGCGCGUCAUCCGCUUGUGGCACGUCCUGAGGAAGCUCUACAGCGACGCGGGAAAAAACUUUCCACUCGAAGAGGGCGACAACAAGAACGCUAUCCUUCAGCUCUUCUCGCUGCUGCAGUCCCUUUCCUCCGUCACGCGUGAUGGCCAGUACGGGAAUGCGCCGAUGCAGGCGGACGUCUUCAUGAAGUUUGGCGAGCUCAAGAUGGAAGUACUGGACCCGUCGAAGCCUCUCAAGGUCUUCGACAUCCCGCCGCUCGGACAGGACGGCCUCCCGGAUCGCGAGGAACAGAAGAAAGCUCUGCCGCACAAGAUGGUGGAACCCGACGACUUGCACCCCGUGGCAAAGAAGGCGCGCAGCAAACUCGGCCGCGCGCUCGUGUCGAGGCUGUACGGUCGUGUGUGGGACCACAACACCCUGGAUCCCUCCUUCUUCUGCGAUGCCUCCUGCCUCCUGACGCCGCCGUUCAGUGAGGGGCACCACCUUUCCGCGAUGAAGCUCACAGCGGAGGAGCACGCCUACUUGCCCGCCGGGUCAGUCGUGGUGGCCCCUACGUCGUAUGAAGAGGUGAAAGAAAAGCUGGAUGGAGUUUGGACCAAAAUCAAGCAGGGAGCCGUCAAAGCCGUGAAGACAGCGCAGAGUGAGGCGGAGGGCAGUGGUGGGGACGGGAGCGGCGGUCUGUUCAAGCGCGCCCGCACUAGGCACUCGGGUUCAUCUCGUCGCAAGAAUCCGGAGGAACACCAGUUCGCAUGUUUCGGGCGCACCGAAACCACCCAGGAGGACAGCCAAGGAGAGUCGGAUGUGGUGGAGGACGAUGUUGGGGGCGAGAUCAUGCGAUACAAGGGAGUCUUCAUCAAAUCAACGCAGCGAAGUCCUCAGCUACUGGAAGAGCAUAGGGAGACACUCAUUUCCCGCCCUCAAGUAUGUGGCGCAGCAAACAUUCGGCAGUCAAGCCUCUGCCGCUCAGGUCGAGAGUGA